UAUGAAUGAUCUGUCGCGCGCGCCUUCGUCAAAUAAGCCAAUACAAUAUUUACAUAUCGAAAUGUAAUCAAAUCGAGAGAGCAUGAUAUUUAACUUGAAAUACAAAUGGAAACAAAGAUGAGCCAAAUUGUGACAAAUAUAAAACAAUGUCAUGCUUUUUUUAUCCAUCGCUUAAUGUUUUGUGUCAGUUAGGUGUUAACCGCAGACUAAAUCGGUGAAAAUCAAUUUUUAUCAAUUUGUGUUGUUUCUUUUUUGCAUAUUUUUAUUAUUUUUUUUUUUGUGUGUGUGUCCGGAUAUCGCGGGUAAUCAUUUCAUUUAUAUUCUAUUUUAAUUGGCGAUAAACGAAAAUCGACAAAGCUGAAUAGGAAGGAACCAAUAGAAAUAGAUUUUUAGAAUUCGAUUUUUUAGUCGUUUAUAAUUUUGUGUGUUUUGAACAUUAAUUUUGAUUUCGAACACGGUGAAUAAGUGUUUUGAUUCAGUCGGGUGUCAAUUAAUACGUUAAAUUGAACAUCAUUUUUCGGAAAGAAAUUUUGAAGUAAGUUCUUCGUGUGUUGGGUACAUUAAUAACAUUAUACGUUAAAGUUCUCACUAUAAAGGCUGAUGUGUGUAAUUUCACGAUAUGAAAAUGCCUACAAAGACUAGCUCUGUCGUUUUGCUGCUAAUACUUAUGCUGAGUAAAAUAUCGACGCAGCAACUAGUUUCGCUGAAGCAAUUAGCCGAAUGGAAGGAAUUGGAAUUUGAGUUUCCUUCCCCAAAUAUUCGAGAAAAUGCCAUUCUGAACAAUGGCUACAUACCGGGAAACUCUGUACCAAUUGACGUAGAUAUCGAUUAUAGAGACCACGCAGCAUCUAGAGUUUUUGUAACCAUUCCUCGAUUCACCAUUGGCGUACCCAUUACUCUGGGAACGGUGACUUCAAAGUAUGGCCCCAACGGACCUUUAAUACAGGCCUAUCCUGAUUAUAACUGGCACAGUAGCCACGGUAGAAACUGUGAUGGUUUAACAUCUGUUUUUCGAGUAGCCAUCGAUGAAUGUCGGCGACUUUGGAUAUUGGACUCGGGAAGAAUCGGCGAUAAUCAACUAUGUGCACCACAAAUUGUGGUGUUUGAUUUGAACACAGAUUUAUUGAUCCAUCGAUACAAAUUUCCCGACAAUGUUUACAAGCCAGGAGUGUCGCUGUUUAUAACACCGGUUGUAGACGUCAGGGAUCCCGGACCACUUGGAGCCUGUGCAAACACAAUGGUAUACAUUGCUGAUGUGAACGGGUUCGGUGUGAUAGUUUAUGACUAUCGUCGAAAUGUGGCUUGGAGAACGCAAAACAAAUAUUUCUAUCCGAAUCCCGAUAACGGAACGUUCACAAUUAGAGGCGAAAGUUUCGAUUUGAUGGACGGUGUGCUAGGUAUGGCAUUGUCGCGUAAAAGUCCAGUUCCACGUGCCUUUGGCUUCCAUCACACGCUCGCCUCUACACCGUCAAUCGCCAGCGAUCGUUAUUUAUUCUUUCACUCUCUGGCUAGCAUCACUGAAAAUCGCGUUGCGUUAAAUGUGUUAGACAAUCAGACAGCAUGGAACCAAAAUCCCGAUCAUAGUCCCAGAUCAUUUGUGAAACUUGGAUCGAGAGUUUCUCAAAGUGCUGCCCAAGCGAUGGAUAAAAAUGGGAACCUAUUUUUCGGGCUGAUGGAUCCAAUAGGGGUGGCGUGCUGGGAUUCGAGCAAACCAUACACGAGAAACAAUAUGAGAUUGGUCACGCAGAACGAUGAGAAACUGCAAUUUGCCAGUGGAAUGAAGGUGGUGCUUAACCGAAAAAACAAAGAGGAAUUGUGGGUUCUAACGUGCAGCUUACAGCGAGUGAUGACCGGCAGUAUUAGUUCGAAAGUAGUCAAUUUCCGCGUGCAAGCAAUUCAAAUUGACGAAUUGUUAAGUGGAUCGGAGUGCACUCGAGCUGGCAUAGAAAUGGGAUCUUCGAUUUCAUUUCCAGUUUAUUGAUUCUAGUUUUCAAAGGACAAAUUUCUGAUCUGAAUGUAACUGUUUGUGUAUGUGUGUGUGUCUUGCGAAUUCACCAUAUGAAACUAUCGGAAAGACUAUCACAAUCACUAUAACGGCAGCUCGGUAGUUUCGGGAUGUAAACUUUAGUUGUAAAAUAAAUUUUUUAUUUAUUUAUCUA